AUGCAUAUGUCUACACUUGUAUCUGCUAUUCUUAUAGCACUCUAUUGUGUUAACUUUGUCUCUGCUAUUGAUAGUGGUGCCGAUUGCCAAUGUAUAUGCAGUAUAUCAACAAGGAGAGGUGCACGUAGAGCAAUGAAUAUCGGUUCAUCGAACAUAGAAACUGCUCCAUGUGACAAUAACAAAUGUGUUAAAGCCUGCAAACUUGCAUAUCCAUUAUGUGAAUCGAGUAGAGGUGAGAUGCAAGCUUCAUGUAAAAGAUCUAGUGAAGAACCAACAACAACAACAACAACAGCUGCACCAGAAACAACAACAACAACAGCCGCGCCAGCAACAACAACAACAACAGCUGCACCAGAAACAACAACAACAACAGCUGCACCAGUAACAACAACAACAACAGUUGCACCAGUAACAACAACAACAACAGUUGCACCAGUAACAACAACAACAACAGCUGCACCUACUACAACCACACAAGGUGGAAGCACUAAGACCGGCUCAACAUUAACCACACCAACAUCAAGUGCGAUCAAAUCUGUUUUUCAAUUUUCACACUUUCUUCUCUUUACUGUUGUGCUUACAUUUUUAUGUAUGUAA